AUGGGAGUGGUGAUGGGGCGUAAUGAGAAGGUGAACAUCCCUCAUAUGUAUAUUAAGUUGGUGAUGGAUCUUGACAAGCUUCGGAAGUUCCAUUGGGGUCUUCACUCCUAUGACUUUCUGCUCAGUUCCAUUGAGAAGGCUAGGAAGAGGUUGGGUAAGAAGGGCAGCUACAUUUUCGAGGGUUUCUCAUAUGCUAUCCAGAUUUGGCUUAUGGAAGCAAUUCCGGAUUUUGGAGAAAUAUGUGGCAAGAGAGUCUCAGACAGCUUCAGAGGUCCAAUGUGUGGCAAUUGGAAAGGAGUUGCAAAAGUUUCUUAUCAUGACGUCACAAAACUUGAAGACUCUUUUACUGACAAGAGUGUCUUGUUCUCCGUCAUCUCAGUGAGUGGUAAUGAUGUCUUGCUCGAUCAAAUCUACAGAAGGAAGGGUGAGAUGGAAGAUGAACGAGUCGACCUUAUCCUGGAGAGGAUAAGGACAAAGUUUGAUUGGAGCAACACAGACUGGGAAGUUAUAGAAGCUGAAGACACUGUAAUGGAGGAAGCUGUGACGGAUGAUAUUGAUGCAGAAGCUGCUAAUAUGGCGAGGAUACUGCAGUUGUAG